AUGGCGGACGACGCUCAGCAUGAACACACCUUCGACUCGGCCGAUGCCGGCGCGUCCACCACCUUUCCCAUGCAAUGUUCUGCCUUGAGAAAAAACGGAUUCGUCUGCAUCAAGAACCGCCCCUGCAAGAUCGUCGACAUGUCUACCUCCAAGACUGGCAAGCACGGUCACGCAAAGGUCCAUCUUGUUGCCAUCGAUAUCUUCACCGGCAAGAAGCUCGAAGAACUCUGCCCAUCCACCCACAACAUGGAUGUCCCCAACGUCAUCCGAAAGGAAUACCAGUUGCUCGAUGUUUCUGAUGACGGUUUCCUCUCCUUGAUGGCCGAUGAUGGCGAGACCAAGGAUGAUGUUAAGGUUCCCGAUGGAGAGGUUGGAGAGAAGAUUGACAAGCUGUUUACCACUGAGGAGAAGGAUACCAACGUCAUCGUUCUUACUGCCAUGGGUGAGCAGUGUGCCAUUGAAGCUAAGGAGGCUCCUCGCGGUUAG